UUGGGAGUGAGUUCAAGUGAAUCCUAGGAAGAGGAGCUCAGUGAAUGAAGAAGAAGUUCCCUUGCUCUGCUUAGUCUGUUAGUUACCUUGUUGCCCUGCAGUCUGUUGUCUCUCUAGAGAGAUUGGUUGCUUGACCGAGUCCUUGUGAACAAAGUGAGUGUCCCUUUGGCCUUUGGGCUGUGGUGAAGAAUUGAAGGAUUCCUUACAUCCCGUGAGUCAACGCCCAAGGGAUGAACACACCCACUGUGGGUUUCAACCAUCACACAAACCCGUACUAUCACUAUUAGUAGAUUGAAUUGCGCCAAAACCGAUCACAAAACGAUGACACGGACGCAGUGAAAAGAUUGUGAACUCUCUGAAACUCAUCUCGUCCGCAUUGUGACAACACCACAAGUUUGAGCAAGACCCCCUAGUCAACAUGGGGUUGGUGUUGGCCAAACUUUGGUCCUUCUUUGGAAAUGAAGAGCACAAGAUUUGCAUCGUGGGCCUGGAUAAUGCGGGAAAGACCACGAUCUUGUACCAGUUCCUCAUGAAUGAGGUGGUUCACACAUCCCCCACAAUUGGUUCGAACGUGGAAGAGGUGGUUUGGAAGAACAUUCACUUCAUUAUGUGGGAUUUGGGCGGUCAAGAUUCACUCAGAGCAGCUUGGAACACUUAUUAUUCCAAUACAGAGUUUGUGAUAUUAGUAGUGGACUCGACGGAUCGCGAGCGCCUGUCCAUAUCCAAAGAAGAGCUGCACAAGAUGUUGGGCCACGAUGAGCUGAACAAGGCCAACAUAUUGGUGUUUGCCAAUAAGCAAGACGUGAAAGGCUGCAUGACGGCGGCCGAGAUCUCGAAACAAUUGAAUCUCCAAUCCGUAAAAAAGCAUAAAUGGCAGAUCCAAUCAUGUUGUGCCCUCAGUGGCGAAGGGUUAUAUCAAGGGUUGGAGUGGAUCGUUAAUAACCUCAAGAAGCGGUGAUUUUCAAAGAAUGGACGCACCCAAAAAUAUUUUUCAAUGUUGCACACAAUCCUUUCAAUUCCUCUUGUCAUUGACGGUAAAAAAUAUUAUGCAAAAAUCGCACAUGCAUCAUCCCCUGCAAAAUUAAUCAGGAUCCGACCUCUGAUGAGCUCCCCCUCCCUACCUUGAACACCAUCCCCAUGCGUAUAACAAUAGACUGGAAAUCUUUUACAUUCACACUCGCCAAUCUCGUACAAUCCAAUCUAAUGUAAGAUUCCGACCGAUCGUGUGUCAUGUGUGUGUCCAACGUCCAGGUCGUAUGUAUUACGUAUUAUUGGCCAUGCAUGAUCUUGUGCCGUCACCAUCGUGUUCAGCUGUCUUCCCGUAUGGCUAUUCAAAAUCCAAGAGCACGAUCCGGUUGAAAGAAAUUGACGAAAGACGAUCGAACCAACGAUAUUCCGAUUCAUCAAGCUCUGUCUGCUGCUAUUCUCUCUCGAUCUCUUGAUCCCUCUCUCAAGUGGGUGGAUGCCAUACAUAGAACUUGAACAUUAAUCAUCUUGAGCCAAGAAGAUCAAGCAUUCUACCAAUCCAAUUGACCGCGCUUGGAGAUAUUGUUUGUAUUUUUGACAAUGUUUUAUUGAGACUCUUUGCGAAAAAGAAUAGACUCCUGUGAAACAAUA